UGAGUUUUCGGCAUCGGCAGUAGAGAGAACAAUAGAACUAUGGAGGUCUGAAAGAGGCAUCAUCUGUAAUCUACUGUAUAUAUAUAAAUAUGUGGAUAUGCUGGAAGACCUAUUUGUUGGUGAUUUUCUGUGGGGAGUUCUGUUCUUCUGAAAACCAUAUCACACCAAAGAAACAGGAAGUUUCAGGACUCCAGGGAGAAUACAUUAUGUUUCCAGUGCCGGUCUCUCAAUAUGGUGGUAUGAGGACUGAAGGAGGAGAGACCCUUGCAACUGUCUUUGGAGGUCAGGUUAGAGUUGAAGAUAUGCCUAGGUUUAAGAGUCGCCUGCGCUGGGACAGUCAGACUGGACACUUCUCUCUUCAUAACUUGACAGUUGCUGACUCGGGCAGUUAUGUCAUAGAGAGCACUGAGGGCUUAGAAGGAAAGUAUACUUUUAGGCUAACUGUGUAUGAGCAAUUGUCCAGUCCUAAGGUGACACUGCAUGACAAGAGUUCAUGCACUUGGACAUGCUCCGUGGAGAAUGGCAGAAAUGUCUCUUUGUCCUGGUAUGCAGAAAACAUGCUCUUGAACCAGACUAGGAACCCUCACAUCAACACCAAUCUGAGCCUUCACCUUACAAGUGAAAACUCUGCCAGUUAUAACUGUGUAGCUGCCAACCCAAUAAUGAAUGUGACAUUCCAGCUAUCGUCUGACCACUUACAGGAGCGAUGUCUUGCAUCUUCUUCUGCAGAUCCAGAAAGACACAUACUCUAUAUUUCAGUUCUUUGUGUGGUCUGUAUUAUUGCAGUAGUUGGAGUUUUUCUUUGUCUAAGGAAAAUGACAAACCACAUUGAAGUCAGCACAAUCUACAAAUGAAGAACUACGAACGGAAGUUCAGUACUCUGAGGAUGAGGGACAGCACGUACCAGAACUGGCUGCCGAGGGACAAGAGUCAUUGUUAACCUCCAUCUACGCCAAAAUUCAACCACAUUCCCCAGAGGCCACGGGCACAGACAGCAAUGUGAUCUGAGGUCACCUAUAAAAUUACAUUUCACUGCUUUUUACUGUGCACUGAAGAUAUACUGUAGCUAGACAUGACAUCAAGAAGUGCUUGAGGUUAAUAAAUCAGCGCAAAUAUUUAUGUACCCCAAGAGAUGUCAAUCCAGUCAACAGUACAACACAAUAUUUUAGGAGGCAAGAUGUCAGUAAAAGAACAUUUAAAGCUUAUUUUGUACAAUGAGACUUAGUGGCUGUAAUAAGGAGAUUGGUUUCAGUUUGACUCAAUUAUAUUGUGAGAAGCAGAGAAGAGAGCAAACUUUCUCAUGUUUUAUCUGUGUCACUGAAUAUGUCAUCUCUAGAUUGGUAUUCUACAUUGAAAAUCAUUUCAGUAAAAUAUAUUUCACCAAUUUCACAUUUGUUUUAAAUUCAUCCAGUCUUACCCACCCCCCUCAUCUCAUUUUAACAGAACAAACAUUACCAAAGGUGUACAUUUCAGUCUGCUCAUCUGUUGUCCAAGCAACAGACAGAGAGUAGAGAUUGUAUUUCAUGAGAUGCAAACCAGGCACCAAACCGUGUAAUAAAUAAACAUUUACUCUCUCACUCA